GUCUAUAUGGGCAACGAACUAUCGUUUUUAUUCCAAGUUUUUCCUUUUUUUUUUUUGAAUUCUUAAUAUCUUGUCAUUUUGAAACGAGUAAUUUUAUUUCAAUCUCGAUGUCGGACGACUACGACGAGAAAUCCGAUUYCUAAGUUACUAAAUUGGAAGGCAAUAAAGAUUUCGGCUUCGCGGGUAAUGGUAAGCACAAUUCAAAUUGCUGAUUUUGCGCCUAUUCGCUGUAGCAUGCAUUAGUAUUUUUCAAAGGAAGUAUGGCUAACGAUAAUUUGGAAGAUUUGAAAAACGGCAAACGUCCAGCACCGUCUGCAAAUGCUGAAAUAAUGGACAUCGACGAUCUCAUACAAGAAAAYGCUGAAAAAAUCAGAGUGGGACGUGAUUAUCAGGCUGUCAUUCCAAAGCUAUUAGUACUUCCAAAAAAUAGACGCGAACGACUGAACAAAAAAGCACUAUUAGUUUGGUCUCCAACCGAUGAUAUUUCCGAAAUUAAAUUAAAUGAAUACAUAUUAUUAUCAAAAGAAAAAUAUGGUUACAACAGUGAACAGGCAUUGGGAAUGCUAUACUGGCAUCACCACGACAUGGAAAAGGCUCUUAGUGAYCUAUCAAAUUUUGCACCUCUACCAGAUGACUGGACGACCGAUGAUAAAGUUACUUUUGAAUCAGCCUUUAAUAGCAUUGGAAAGAAUUUUUUACGCAUUAAACAAAUGAUGCCUGAUAAACCAAUAGCAUCAUUAGUAAAAUAUUACUAUCUUUGGAAAAAUAAAAGAAAGAAGAGCAGUGUUAUAGACCGACAAGCUAAAAAAUUAGCAAAUGUCCGUGCAAAUGAGAAUCAAAACGGAAGUAGAGAAGGCUCCAGUUCAGCUGAGUCUGAGCCCGAUGAAAAGGUAAAGAAAGAAAUAAUUUUUAAUCUACUAAGACCAUACCAUACUAUGCAAUUGUAAACAUGUAUUUGUAGGA